UUUUGGCAGUCUUAGCAUCAAACCCGCGGGGAUCGUAGCAGCACAACCCUUUGGCCUUCGCCGAAAGUUCUCUGCAACGAUGGUGCACAUGCCGGAGCCUCCUGUCCUCGGUGCCUUGACCAUGUACCCCUCCGUGCCGGUGAAGGGCACCUUUGUGCACUUCCACCAGGCCUCCAACCACUUCGACGCCCCAGAGAUGGAGGAGCUGCAGCGCGGGCAGACCGCCCCGCCGGGCACCUGCCGUCACUGUGAGCCGGACACGGAUGAUGAGGAGGAAGUUACCUCCGGCAGCCCUGGGAGCUCUGAGGUUGCCGAGCUGGUCUCUUUCCCUCAGCUUGAGGCACCGGUCAUGGAGGAGUUGUGCCGCUACACGACGCACGAUCGCUUUGAGAAGCCCUUCGAAUCGGACGACGAAGAGGGCGUUCACAGAGAAUUCUAUGCGGCCCAGGAGGACCCGGCUGCACAGUUUUACCCCGGCAUCCUUCCGCAUCCAGAAGGCUCUUGGGGCAUGGCCCUGGAGGAGAUGCAGCCGGAGAUGUCAGGUACAGUGACGUCUUACGGCAUGCACCCUUUUGUGUUCGUGCCCAUCGCGCACACGGGACAGGCACCAAUGGAGCCUUCUGAGUGGAUGGGGAUGAUGCCAAUGACACAGAUGAUGCCAAUGCACGACAUGUCCCAGAUGAUGCCCGAGCCUGCCGGGAAUGACCUGGCCGAAUCCGUGGCUGGGCACCAGCAGGACACGGCCGGCACCGACUAUUUGAAGAGCAUCCUGCUGCUGAAGGAGCCUUUGCAGCGGGAGGUCACACACGGUUUCUGGAGCAAAGUGGGAGAGCUUCCCCACCAGCCGCAGAAGAUCGGGCGAAGCCAAGACAUGCGCAUGAUCUCCUGGGUGGCAGACUCCCAGAAGCUGAACGACAAGACCAAGGUCUUGGUGUCGCCGGAGUUCAAGAUCGAGGGCCCUCACGGCAAGAUGCUCAGCUUCAAGGCCGUGAUGUAUCCCCAGGACAAGACCUCUUUCCGCCAGGCUGGGGGUCAAGGCUAUGUACAGCUGAAGUGCGAGAGCGACACGCACGACCUCAAGCACUGCUCCUUGACCUUCCGCCUUGGCAUCUCCAACGGCCUGGUGGGCCAACACGCGCUGCGCGAGGGCCCGCGGCCGCCCGUCACCUGGGACUUCAAGAAGAGCCUCGUGUGCGACGACCCCGAGGUCAAGAAGAAUUGGGACUUCACCAGCGUGGUGGAUUCCAAGUCUCGUACCUUUGCCGUGUGCAUUGAAAUCGUCAAGAUGCACGUAUGCUGAAGCGAGCGGCUUCGGGACCAGUACAUGACUGGUUGAGGAGAAUUCAGAUCGCCUUGCGCCUGGAGCUGGACGGGCUCCUUUUUGCCAGGACUGCUUUGUCGCUCUGGUCCUACCCUGCACAGGGGACGUUGCGAGCUGACAAAACUAGGCUGGCUGCCUCCCAAAAUAUGCCAGAA